AUGCCGGUCAAUACUUCAGGAAGAAUCGUCAAGACCCGCAAACGCAAAAAGGGCACCGAUCACCAGAAGAACCACCGAUGGGAGUCCUUCACUACGAAAAUCUCAAAAUUGAACUCCCUCGACCCAAUCCGCAGAGUGCGCCGACUGGAUAUCGAUACUGAAGAUGUCUCCGCAACCACAUCAUAUCUGGGGACUGGCUUGGAAAAAUGGGCAGAACUGAACAUGUCGGAGGGCUUCAUCAUGUUUUCGCGUGAGGUCUCGGAGAUGUGCGAGAGUCUGCCCCAGAUUCUAUAUUCAGAAGAGAAGAUCAUGGCAUUAUUCGUCACAUACAUCGAAAGGAAGGAGAGAGAAUCUUUAGAGCCGCUGCUGGAGCUUUUGACUGAUUUUGCGCACGAUUUGGGAGUGCGGUUUGAGAAGCAUUAUGCGAAGGCACUCGAACUCAUCACAUCUAUAGCCGGCUUGCUACAGGACGUUGCGGUUAUCGAGUGGAGUUUUACAAGUCUGGCGUUCAUGUUCAAAUACCUCUCCAAGCUUCUUGUGCCAGAUUUGCGACCUACCUACGAUUUGAUGGCUCCUCUCCUGGGAAAGCAUCGCCAAAAGCCACACAUCGCACGUUUCGCGGCCGAGGCUAUGAGCUUUCUCAUAAAGAAGGCAGGCGCUCCAGCCCAUAGGUCGACUGCACUGCCUCUGAUUGUCAAGUAUGCGAAGGAUGAUCUUCAGAGUAUUCGAGGGACCAAGGAAUUUGGCCUAUACUACCACGGGCUGAUGACAUUGUUCGCAGAGGCGAUGAAGGGGAACGGCCUGAGUACACACACAUCAGGACCUGCUAUCUUUAAGAGUCUCUUCCUGGCCUUGGACGAUUCGGAUUUGGAGACCAAAGAAAGCUCUGCGUGGAGGAAUGUCAUUUGUGGAGUUCUCACUAGCAUGGUCCAUCACAGCAGCUCGGAUACUUUUCUGGAAGUCCUAAACGUUGUUCUUGAGACGGUCGAUGGUGCAGUUGAGAAAUUCGCCGGAGCAGCAAACAAGGGUAAUCUGCAACUGCUCCUUCUGGCGGCGCGGACGUUGGCGGUCUCAGCUGGAGUACGGAAGGGUACGCGCGUGAAGAACUGGGCCCCCAUUCUGACAUCAAUGUCCGAUAUCUUGAAGACAGUCAUGAAGAACUCGAAUUAUGUCUCCGGAGAUGAACAAGAUGUGGACUUGUGGGGCCAAUUGGUCCUCAGUGUCUCGAUCCUGUUUCAAUACGCCCCCAUGGAUAGCAUCAUUACAUUUGUUCAGCCUUUUAUGGAUGCGCUGACCAAAGAUCCGCUCAUGAAAUGGUUUCUGUCAUUCUGUUCUUACUUUUCCGAAGUCGACUCGGACCGGUUCCGGGCUUUUGCAAUGCCGUACUUCAAGAAGUUUAUUCUCGCGCAUUGGUCGGACGCAGAAAACGGCGACACAUUGUCGGUUCUUUUGCCGAAGAUGGUUUCGACGGGCGUCUUACCUAGCAGAUACGGUGCAGACGGGCUGGUUCUGCCACAAUCCUGGCAAGACCAAAUGGUGAGUAAAUUCGAGCGGCUGGAGGUGCAGCCAUUCCCCGAGCAAUCGUCUCCGUAUAAUCGUAGCCCGAAGACAUGGCACGAUCGAUGUUUACCGAAGUUCAAUGCAUUCCUUGAGGUUCUCGACUGCACGAAGGUCCACGCAUCGACAAACGCGAGAAUCGCAGAAAUCCUUCUACGCAAAUUGAAGCUCGCAUUGCGCCCAUCUUCGGCCCUUGCGCCAGAAGAAGCCAAUUUUAUUGUUGGUAGAGGCUUCAGUUCUUUCUCUCGGAUGACCAAGGGGACGGGUGCUGUCGAUCGAGCUCUGGAGCCCCUACUCCGCGCUGCAGCCCCGAGAUACGCAAGAUUGCCCAAAUUUUUGGAGGCUCUACUUGAUUACGAAUCUAGCCUGGCAACUGUGCCCGAGUCCAAGUAUGCACCACGUGCGAAAGAGUGUCAUUCUGACCACGACGUGGAUCUCCUAGUUGCCUCACUCAUCACGAAUCUCUCGACCGACUCUCAUGACUUACGAUACCUUUCCCUGCGACUCUUGGAUCACAUUUAUUCCACAGAACAUGGAUCCGGUUCCCAGUGCCUUUCUAUCAUGAUCAUGGUCGAGAACUCGACUCUAGAUUCACAAGCAGUCCGCUCUGCAUCAAUGCACAUCCGAAAAUUGGCGACAAUGUACCCAAGUGAACCAGCUGAUUCCUGGCUUAAGCAGGCAAUACCUGCGUUCUACUUUGGAAUGCUCACUGUCAAACUCAGAGAGUUGUGGGAUCAAGUAGCCGCUUCGCUGAAGCUGAUCACCGAGACAAAACCCGGUGAAGAAAUCGUUGCCAAGCUGGCAUUUGCCUGGCUUGAAAAACCUUCCAUGGCCGGUGACGGCCGUAGCAAUUGUCCACAAGAAGAUAUAAACCUGGGCUUGACCGAUUUCGAGUGUUCAAACCUGAUGAACUUGGACAAAUUAGCGAAGGAGGCCGAGUCAGGGGUAGCGAAUUCCCGUGACACAAUGUUGCAAAAAUUUGCGGACGCUCAGGAGUUGGUCCCUGCUGAACCUCGCUUGGCCAGAACCCAGGCACUCUUGGUUCUCGCCGGUGCUCCGGGUGUCGCCGAAAAGCGUUCUCGCCAACUUGUACCGAUGUUUCUGUCAUGGGCGAAACAAAGCAACGAAAUCGAGCAGUCCGACGAAGAUGACGAACAACCCCUCAGCGACUGGACAAGAAAAGACCAGAAGAAACUCCUCGAUCUUUUUGCUUGUUUCACCAACCCCAGAUCCCUUUACAAAUCGGACGAUGUCUACGAAGCUCUGCUACAAUUACUUGCUAAUGGAGACAUCGAGAUCCAGAGAUCUGCCCUCAAGACAAUUUUCACAUGGAAGAACCCUGCCAUCAGACCUUAUGAAGAGAAUCUUUUAAAUCUUCUGGACGAAGCAAGAUUCAAGGAGGAGCUUGCAAUUCUACUCCAGGGACAAAGUCUGGUUCAACCGGAUCAUCGCCCGGGGCUGAUGCCAGUGCUGCUGAGAGUAAUUUACGGUCGUUCAAUAUCCAAAAAGGGUGCCGCAAGUGGCCGACAGGGUAUGGAAGCUCGAAGACUGACUAUCCUUCGCAAUCUCAGCGGCGAGGACAUGGAAGGAUUUCUUGACAUCGCUCUGGGUGAAUUAGCGGGUGUACGACUGCUUCAAGAAAGUGCGGUCCGUGAUUCCAUCUUUGAUACAGAGAUCCUGAACGUCAGAAAGCAAGUAGGUUUUACACACAUGAUUGAGGGGAUGUUGAAAGAAUUGGCGACCAAGGUUGUCCCAUUCGCAGGGAAAUUGAUCGAUGCUGUACUGUACUGUGUCAUCUACGCCUCCCGCCAGCUUGGGGAAGUGCCCGAAACCGCGGAAGAGACAGAAGCUGCCACUACCCAGAUAUCGCUCCUCAAGGUUGUCCGCCAGACCGGCUUGAAAUGUCUUGUACUACUCUUUAUCAAUGCGCCGGAUUUUGGCUGGUCGCCAUAUAUCGAUACCAUUGACAAAGACAUCAUUUUUCCUAGGUUAAAAAACCUGCCUACCGAGACUGGUCAGGGUAUAUCGGUCAUCCUGAGACUGUUCUCUGCCUGGGCUAUGUCGCCCAAAUUGGUGUUUUUCCUCAGCGCCGAUAUUUUGUCUAAGGUUGCCGAGUGCUUGUCGCCUCCAAAGUCAAAGGAUGAAGUGAAGAGAUUUGCUCUCGAGGACGUAAUACAGAAGGUCCUCGGACUUUCUCGAGAAGACGAGACCCUCGGGUCAACCGAGAAUCAGAUCCGGAAGCGAGUGAAGGAUGAGGUCCUUGGUCCAAGCAUGGAUUUUUUUCUUGUUCACAUCGGAGGUGUCUUGAGGAGCCAGGGUGACAUGGGAAAAGAGUUGCUCGAGUCUUGUAUCGAAACAGUCUCCCAACUCUCUCCGUUCGUCAAUACCUCGAAACAGGCUCAGAAUCUGGUGGACGUCUCGGUUUUCUUGCUCGAUCAGCCAACUCGCCGGGUAAAGCCUAAGGAAAAGGGGGCGCUUCUGGUCGUACUCGAGCACUUCGUUCCACUCUAUGAUCUGCAGAACAAUGCCGAGCUCAAAGAUCGGGUUUUCAAUACCGUGACAUCUUUGUUUGGCUUCUUCAAAGACAAUGAGUCGCGACAAGGACUAAGCCGGGUACUGAAUGUGUAUGCUGAGAAAGACCCUAUAAUGGGCGAUGUUGCGAAGAUCUGCCUGGACCUCAACUCCUUCCUCGGAAACCGACUGGACGAGCCGGAUUACGAUCGUCGAAUCAACGGCUUCAAUGCUCUAAAUUCUCAUGGGCAGUUCACAGCUCGACAAUGGACGCCGCUUCUGUACAACAUGCUUUUCUACAUCACCCAUGACGAGGAGUCCGGGAUCCUUUCUUCCAAUUCAUCAGAUAUACUAUGCCAGUUCAUCAAAGUUGCCAACCAGUCAGAGUCAGAGAAACAAGCUUUUAUGGCACUCAUCUCGACCGUGUUGAUGCCCGCCUUGUACGCCGGGGCGCGUCACGAGUCUGAGCUGAUUCGACGAGAGUACCUUAGAGUCAUGGGGACUUUAGUAGAAGUAUUUCCGGACUGGGAUGAAGUCAACGACAUGCGAAGCCUGGGUACCGUAUCCGGAUCAGACGAGACAGACGCCGAUAGACCACUCUCAUUCUUUGAAAGCGUCUUAGACAUUGGGAAGGGUCGGCGUCCAGCGGCAUUGAAGCGCCUGUGCGAUUCCGACCAGUGCGGCGAGCUUGGGUCCAAGAACGUUGGCUCUUUCUUAAUUCCGCUAGUCGAGCACUUCAUAUUCGAUCGAGCCGAUGGAAAUGACGCUAGUCAGCUCGCCUCGGAAGCGAGCACCACAAUAGGGGUCUUAGCGAGCGCCCUUGAAUGGCCACAGUACCGAGCCUUACUUCGGCGUUAUAUCGGCUAUAUCGAAUCGAAGGAUCAGCCGAAGCAGAUUAUUCGUCUUUUGGGCAAGGUGAUCGAUGCCCUAAGUGUUCCAACCCAAAUUAAAAAAACUGAAAAUGAAGAUUUGAACCUCGAGCAGACCGCUGGAUCCGCCAUGGAUCUGGAUGCUCUCCCGGCCAAUCCUAUUAUUCCAGCUCGAGCCAGUACUUUGACAAAGACCAUGCCCAAGUCUCAAAAGUUUACUGACGAUAUCACUUCCAACAUUCUGCCGCCACUCACUUCCUACCUCCACGACAAGGACGAGUCCACGGUCUCCCUUCGGGUUCCUGUCGCCAUUAUAGUAGUUCGGCUUUUGAAGCUGCUUCCUUCCGAACAGCUCAGUUCCCGCCUUCCUGCUGUGUUAACAGAUGUCUGCCAUAUUCUUCGGAGUAAAGCCGCCGAGUCCAGGAAGAUGACCCGUGAUACCCUGACCCAGAUCUGUGUACUGCUUGGGCCUUCCUGCAUUGGAUUCGUUCUGAAGGAGCUCAAGACCGCGCUUCAGAAGGGUUACCAGGUCCACGUCCUGUCCUUCACCAUGCACUCGAUCCUGGUGGCUACAACUCUGGAUCAUGCGCCUGGAGAUCUGGAUUACUGUCUACCCCGAAUCGUCGAAAUCAUCAUGGACGACAUAUUUGGCGAGACGGGCCAACAAAAGGAUGCUGAAGAGUACACCAGCAAAAUGGAAGAAGUCAAGAGUAGCAAGAGUUACGAUUCUAUGGAGUUGAUCGCUUCAACGGCCACGUUGUCCAAGCUUACAGAGCUGGUCACGCCUAUUCGGAAGUUGCUGCAAGAGAAGUUGAACAUCAAGAUGGUGCGCAAAGCCGAUCAGUUGUUGAACAGAAUAAGCAAUGGAUUACAGAGAAAUCGUGCUGCCAACAGCCGGGAUAGCUUGAUCUUCUGUUACGAGGUCAUUCAGGACGCCAUGCAGGAGAAGGAACCCGAGAAGAAGAAGAAGGUCGAUCAUAAGAUGAAGAAGUACCUGUCGACAAAGGGCGCCAAGCGAGGACUGGACCGAGGCAGUACUACAAUCUAUACCUUCAAGAUCGUCCGGUUCGCGUUCGAUGUUCUACGCGCUGUCGUCAAGAAACAUGAUAACGUGCGCACUCCCAAGAACCUUGCAGGCUUCAUCCCGAUUCUCGGCGACGCAGUUGUGGAAGCCGAGGAAGAAGUCAGGGUUUCUGCUUUCAAGACACUUACCACAAUCGUCAAGGUUCCGCUUCUUGAGGAACCGAAUUGGACCAAUCUGUACCGAGUCGCUGCGGCCGAGGCAACCAAAGCCAUCAUGGAAAGUCCCCAGACCGACUCAGAAAUCGCGCAAGCGGGCCUGAAAAUGAUUUCUGUGAUACUGCGUACGCGGCCGGAUGUCAAAGUCAAGGAUACUGCGAUUGAUCGACUACUUUCCAAGCUCAAGUCAGAUAUUACGGAGCCGGAACGUAGACAUGUCACUUUUGGGUUUUUGCGGGCGGUGCUGGACUCGAAAAUUGAAACCGCCACUGUGUAUGACACUCUGGAUUAUGUAGGGGAGCAGAUGGUCACGAAUUUUGACAAAGAUACCAGAGACUUGGCACGUGGCGCUUUCUUCCAGUUCCUCUCCGAGUAUCCGCAAAAAAAGGCACGCUGGUCAAAACAACUCAAGUUCAUCAAAGGCAACCUCCAAUACGCUAGACCUGGUGGUAGAAUGUCUAUCCUCGAACUUGUGUACCUUCUUCUAUCAAAGUCGAACGAUACUGUUGUAUACCAGGUUGCUAAGGAGCUUUUCGGGGAACUGUACAAAGAACGCUUGAACGACGAGGAGGACGAGAAAUGCCGACUCGUCCUCUGCGAGGUACUUAAAGAAAUGUUUAAGCGUAUCAGUACCGAUCAAGCCUCCACCUUCCUCGAUGAGCUUCGGCCCGGCCUCGAAGAUCUCGAUACAGACAAUGUCUCAGUCCGCCUCCAGACAUUCAGACUUUACUACGAUUCCAACCCACUGGAUGAAAGUCACGUAUACCCACUUCUCGAGAAGAUCUCCGUCAUCGCCAAAACAGCAGAAGACCCCGGUGCCGACAUGCGGCAGAUUUUCGAAGCGCUCAUGCUCAGCACCACACUCUCAGAACGGUAUCCCCAACUCGUCUUUGCAAAGUCACAGACCCAGCUCUGGCACAUUCUGCGAGCUUGUCUCUCAUACCCGGAUGAGCGCAUCAAGUUAUCCGCCGCCAAGCUGUUUAACAUCUACUUCGCUGAUUUCGCUCGCGCGAACAUAGAUACCGAUCUCAAACUGCCUCUCAGGAGCUCGGGUGGCCUGAAAUUGACUGCGGAUGACAUUCUGGACUUUCUGCGCCGAACGACAUACUCUUUCAACACACCAGCCCUGAGCCACCAAGCGACUCCAGAACUUCUGAAGAACAUUGUUUUCCUAGCCCGGGUCGCAGGCUCAAACGAUUUGAAGUGGAAGUCUAAGCUCAACGCGGAAGCUGGUGACAUUGACGAUGUCGAGGAAGAGGGCGAGACCGACAACAGCCGGACUGCCCUGCAAUUCCUCUUUAAGAGGAUUUCAUUUAUGUUGAGGAAAGAGCUAGCGCCUCCCCUCCGCCUCGCAACACUCCUCCCCCGCACCAACGGCCUCACCCUACUUACCACCAUCCUGGCCACGCUCCCAAUGCCCUCGCUUCUUCCAAAUCUCCAAGUAAUCCUGCAACCGCUGCAUCACCUCACAGAUCCCAACAUUCCAGUCCCGUACUCCACCGACGAGACCUUCCGCGACGCCUAUACAGCGAUGACGGAUAACGCCGAAGCGCUCAAGGAUAGCGUAAAGCGGACAGUGGGCGUGGAAGAGUACAGCAAGGCUAUGCUAGAGGUUGGGAGGAGGGUCAAGAUGCAGAGGGAGGAGAGGAGGAGUAAGCGGAAGAUCAUGGCUGUGUCUGAGCCCGAAAGAGCAGGAAAGGAGAAGGCGAGGAAGGUAGAGAGGAAGAAGGAGAGGAGGAAGGAGAAGGGGGCGGAAUAUAAGAGUAAGAGGCACGAGCAGUAG